ACUGGACUUCCGGUCGGGAAGAUGGAGGCUCUGCACCGGCUUCGACAGUUUGAUGCCUAUCCCAAGACCCUGGAGGACUUCCGAGUGAAGACGUGCGGCGGGGCUGUAGUUACCGUGAUUAGUGGUCUUAUAAUGCUGAUUUUGUUUUUCUCUGAGCUCCAGUAUUUUCUCACUAAAGAGGUAUAUCCUGAACUAUUUGUCGAUAAAUCCAGAGGAGACAAGUUAAAGAUCAAUAUUGAUAUUGUAUUUCCAUAUAUGCCUUGUGCUUAUCUGAGCAUAGAUGCCAUGGAUGUAGCUGGGGAGCAGCAACUGGAUGUCGAGCACAAUCUGUUGAAACAACGAUUGGGAAAUGAUGGGAAACCCAUAUCAUCAGAAGCAGAAAGGCAUGAUCUAGGAAAAUCAGAGGAGCAUGUAGUGUUUGACCCCAAAACUUUAGAUCCUAGUCGUUGCGAAAGCUGCUUUGGUGCAGAGACUGAAGAUAUAAGGUGUUGUAAUACAUGUGAUGAUGUGCGGGAGGCCUAUCGCCGGAAGGGGUGGGCAUUCAAGACGCCAGAUUCCAUAGAGCAGUGUAAACGGGAGGGCUUCAGUCAGAAGAUGCAGGAGCAGAAAAAUGAGGGCUGCGAGUUGUACGGAUUCCUGGAUUUAGAAAUGCCCUAA